GCCUGACAAGUCAAGAGGGAGAAGGAGAGCAGACUAAACCAUGAGAGAGUACUUUGCCUUUGUGUCAUCCCAAAACAUGGCGUUCACUGACUGCAUGAAACCCACUGACAUGUCCACAGAGAAGAGAGGAAUAAAGAGAAAAAAUUGGAGGAACAGGAUAGGAUUUUUCUUGAAGACAAACUCUUCCCAGUCGAUAUUACACCUGAUGAAAAACAGAUCUUACAGGCCGACUGCUGAUGACGUGCACCAAUGGGCACAGUCACUCGACAAACUACUCAGUCAUAAAUACGGGAAAGCUGCAUUUUGUAUCUUCCUGAAGUCAGAGUUCUGUGAAGAGAACAUUGAGUUUUGGACAGCCUGUGAGGAUUACAGGACCCUCACAUCAGACACGGAGCUGGCAACCAAGGCCAACAGUAUUUAUGAGGAGUUCAUUAAAAACGAAGCUCCCAAAGAGAUAAACCUGGAUUUCCACACCAAAAACGCCAUCAUGCAGAGCCUCCAUGAGCCCACUGCGACCAGCUUUCUGGCAGCUCAAAGGAAAGUCUACAGCCUGAUGGAGAACAACUCCUACCCCAGAUUCAUCUACUCCGACCUCUACAAAGAACUGUGUGCAGCUGCCAGGGGAGAGGGCAAGCACAUUAAGUCCUAGUCAAACUAGACACCCACUCCUGAAGUCAUUUGUUUACCACUGUGACUGUGUGAAUAGACACACUGAUGCUGUUCAUUCCAGGCACUGCCUCGGGGAUAAUAGACCUCAAUGCAAAUCCCGAGCAUAAACAAUAAUGGCGAGUGUGGAAAAUGCCAAAGUGAAGCCAUUUUUAGUCCGUCCUGCUGAGAGCUGACAAUGAAGUUGGGAUGAAUAGGCAGGAUGCUGUACAGUAUGCUGCUGCAGGCUGUGCACAGAGCAUUUUUACCAGAUGGGAUUAAGGUUACAUUUUCUUCUCUGGGCCAUUACCUGCACUUUCUUUACGCUGUGCUAUUAGACUUGGGUAUUUUGAGCAAUGAUGCAUUGAAGAAAAUGCAGUUGAAGUGCAACUGCAUUCAAAGCUGAGAUGACUGUCAAAACACUUGACUCUGCCUCUUACCGACGAUGCUGUUAGAAUGUAUUUCUGUGCCGAUAUCCUCUUGAGAUCUCUGCCCAGCAGUCACAUACGCAGGACUUUAUAUGUGACCCUGGGUUUUCAGUGCCACGUUGCUCUGCUGGAUUUGCAUCUGUUUACACAAGAAGUGCAAUGUUAACUUAUAUAAUUCACAAUUUCCACCAAAGACUAUAUUUGGCCUGAAGUUACUGUGACUGUUCUGAAUGUGAAUUUGAGUUUGCAGGCAGCUGGACUGCUGGAGAAAUAAAAUUUACAAUUCAAUUAUGAAA